CUUAUCUAAGUUGAGAGUACAAAAAUCUGUACACGUAAAAUAUUUAGUUGAGUUUCAGGUUAGAAGUUGGAACUGAGACGAGACCACAGUGUCUCUCUCUAUUCCAGAACAAGAAACUAACUGAAAAUAAUAAACCAUUCUAAUAGUAUUAACAAUAAGUCUCAAUUAACUAUCUCCCUCUUCAAUGGCUGGUUUUGUUGAGGAUGGAGAGCUCGGUUAUGAAGAAGGUUUUGUUGAGGAUGGAGAGCUCGGUUUUGAAGAAGGAUUGUCUUGGCUUCCUUCCCAUGUUCUUGAUGAAGCAUUUUCUGAUACUCAUCAUCAUCUUCAGAGACAAGUGAAGCACAAGCAGCAUAAACAGCAACAUCUCCCUCGUUCUAAAUUGCCACCAGAGCCACUUCCAGGGCAAUCCAAAACUAGCCCACGGCCGCAUCAAAGACCAAAGAUCCCCAGUAAAUGGGCAUCCAGAGGAUCUGGAAUGCAAGCUAUUUUUCUAGAGUCUGGCCAGAAAUCAUGUGGGACUGGGGUUUUCUUACCGCAGAGAGGCGGCGCCAAUUUCCAACCGAGCAGAAAACCAGCUUGCUCUCCUGUCCUUCUUCCUUCCCGCGUUGUUCAAGCUCUCAACCUCAAUGUACAUGCAAUAGGCCUACAAAAGUCGCCGCGAAAAGAUUCUAAAGCUGAUAACUUAAAAGGCGGGGAUUGUAAUAACUCGGUCAAGAAUAAAAGUACUGGGAAUGAUGUGUCGACAAAAUGCGGCGUAAUCUCGCAGCAUCAGAGUUCAUCACCGGAGAUAUUUCUUCCGAAGGAAUGGACUUACUAGAUCCCAAAUAUCAAGUGUGACACUCACCAUAAAAUUCCAUAAAACCAAAAUUAAUCUCGAAAUUGAUUGAAAUGCUGCUGAUUUCUAUCUACAUUAUCAUGUAUAAUGAUCUGUAAUGUAAAUAAUAACAGCACGAAAUCGCAUUGUGAUUAAUGUUUAUCAAUGUAAUGCCAAUAUAUAUUAGUAAAAGCUUCAU